CAGGCCUCUCAAACCAACAACUGUCCGGGUCAAGCUAGUGGGUACGCGUCCAUCAUGGUGUCGCGUCGCAAUCAAACACUAUUCUCGUUAUCGAUAUUCCUCGGCGUGCUCGCAUGGAAUGUUGCUGCAGCUGCUGUCAAGGGCGAAACCGGAGGUGUGCCAGUGGGGCAGUUAAGUGUACAUGAGAUUGAGGAGCAGUUGCAGGAAUGCCCACUCGUGAAGGCUCUCAACGAGCACAAGGUUGCUUCCAACCCUACCACGUCAUCGUUGAGCUCUCAGAUCUUCGCCGUGCUCUUCCCUGGCAGCCCAGCUGUCAACGCCCUUCUCGCUACACUCUACAUUUCUGGACCCCCGAACUUCCUCCUAGCACUAUGCCCACCCAACAUCGACACCUCCUCGCUCUCUGUCAUGGUGGCAUUUGCUGUCGGUGGACUGCUUGGUGAUACACUAUUCCAUCUUCUGCCUGAGAUCUUCCUUGGCGAGGAUGAGCUUGAUAACGUCAAGUUCGUUAUGGUCGAGCCAAACAAGAAUCUGCUGCUGGGUGUGGCUAUCCUGGUGGGCUUUGUCACCUUUGUGGCUAUGGACAAGGCUCUGAGAAUCGCGACUGGCGGCGAAGGUGGUCACGAUCACUCCCACGGACACUCCCACGAGAGGGUCGAAGCUACAGCCAAGUCAACUGGUAUCGAGACAAACGGUUCGAAGGACGGUGUGCGUGCUCGUAAGCCCGCUGCGAACGACGUGGCCGUUGCGACCGAGAAGGAGAAAGAGAUCAAUGCCAGCGUCCAGCUUGGCGGUUAUCUUAACCUCAUCGCCGACUUCACCCAUAACAUUACCGACGGCCUUGCCCUCAGUUCAUCCUUCUAUGCAUCUCCUACCAUUGGCGCGACCACCACUGUCGCGGUGUUCUUCCAUGAGAUCCCUCACGAAGUGGGUGACUUCGCUCUGCUCAUUCAAUCAGGCUUCAGCAAGCGGGCGGCAAUGGGCGCACAAUUCAUAACGGCUGCGGGCGCCUUCCUUGGAACGUGCAUUGGCAUCGCGGUACAAGAGUUUGGUGGCAGCUCGGCCACAGCGGAGGUCCAUGGGGCCGGUCUUUGGGGAACCAGCCUGCAGUGGGGAGAUAUGCUGCUUCCGUUCACAGCAGGCACGUUCUUGUACGUUGGUACAGUCGCUGUUAUUCCCGAGCUGCUUGAGACAGGACCGAACAAGAGCGAAGAGCUCAAGAAGACACUCAUGCAAUUCGCCGCUAUGUUCACAGGUGCGGGUAUCAUGCUUGCGAUCUCUUGGUCUUGAAUUGUGCCCAUCAGCGCAUGUUGGCAUCUCAUGCCCUCUUGGCUUCACUCUCGGUGCCAUGUGUAUCUCAUGGCGCAACUACUACCACAUCGCCGUUUCCUGGUGAACAAAAGCAUUUGCAUUGCGAGACCGGAGUAGUUUAGACUUAGACUGAGUCGGCAUUGUGGGCACUGGCGCCUGCUACACACGGACGCCUCAUCAAAUACAACUUCAAAGCCGCAUCAUCACGAUGCGUACACACAAUCACAGCUUACAUUGUACGAAACACUUUCUGGAUGUGGCUGGGCCUUCGUCCGUUUCAGCUUGAACCCCUGCUCUACUGCGCAAA